UCACGUGACCCCUCUUCAAGAUGGCAGCCCUGUUGUUUUGAUGAAUAAUACUUGAUGGAGUGAGGGGGUACGAGGAGCUCGGAGGAGCAGGAUUCACGCUUCCAGCCGGACCUCGGCUCGUCCCACCCCUCCGCGGCCCCCGGCCCGGCGUCCUGCGUGGAGGAGGUCCGUGCCCGGCCUGCGCUCAGCCGGCAGCGCGCCGCACACUGCGGGGCGGCUGUGGGCUCGCCUGCUCCGGGGCAUCCAUUCUGCAGUCCCGCGGUUCCCGCCAGGGCCCGAGGGGUGGGACCCGGGAUUGGAGCGCCGCCGCUGCGUCACCGCCACGAAGGCACGGCGCGCUGGGGCACGAGCCGGGCUGCACGCCGCGCCGAUUGCUCUGGGCCGCCGGGGAAGCCGAGGGCCGUCGGUGGCGCCUGCGAGGACCGGGCGGCCGCCGGGGGAGCAGCUGCUGGGGCGCGAGAGACGGGGCAGGGCCGGGGCCCUUGCAGCGACCGCAGCCAGGGAGACUCAGUGCCUCGUGUUCUUAGUUUUUAACCUCUGACUAUGCAAUUCUGAAACCUCCCCCGUUGGGGGGGUCAGACCGCCCGGUAGACGCCGUCCACGCUCCUGGCUCCCGCCUGGUCUCCAGAACUGAAGGAUUUCUCCCUACGCCUUUCACCAUUAAGAGGAAAGAGAUGGAGGAGCUGAGCGCUGACGAGAUUCGACGGAGGCGCCUGGCACGACUUGCUGGUGGACAGACCUCCCAGCCGACUACCCCGCUUACGUCACCCCAGAGGGAGAACCCUCCGGGACCUCCCAUUGCAGCGUCAGCCGCGGGCCCCUCCCAGAGUCUUGGUCUCAAUGUCCACAACAUGACCCCAGCUACCUCCCCAAUAGGUGCAGCAGGAGUCGCCCAUCGGAGCCAGAGCAGUGAAGGAGUCAGUUCCCUUAGCAGCUCACCUUCUAAUAGCCUUGAGACACAGUCUCAGUCCCUGUCACGUUCCCAGAGCAUGGACAUCGAUGGUGUCUCUUGUGAGAAAAGCAUGUCCCAGGUGGAUGUGGAUUCAGGAAUUGAAAACAUGGAAGUGGAUGAAAAUGACCGAAGAGAAAAACGGAGCCUGAGUGACAAGGAGCCUUCUUCGGGCCCUGAAGUGUCUGAAGAGCAGGCUUUACAGCUGGUCUGUAAGAUCUUCCGAGUCUCCUGGAAGGAUCGGGACAGAGAUGUCAUCUUUCUCUCUUCUCUUUCCGCGCAGUUUAAACAGAACCCUAAAGAAGUGUUCUCUGAUUUUAAGGAUCUCAUUGGCCAGAUUUUAAUGGAAGUGCUGAUGAUGUCUACUCAGACACGUGAUGAAAAUCCAUUUGCCAGUCUGACAGCCACAUCACAGCCCAUUGCCACGGCAGCUCGGUCACCAGACAGAAAUCUCAUGCUGAACACUGGCUCCAAUCCCGGAACAAGCCCCAUGUUCUGCGGCCUGGGCUCCUUCAGUGCCAGCUCCUUGUCCAGUUUGGGCGCCUCUGGUGGAGCAAGUAAUUGGGAUUCCUACAGUGACCAUUUCACCAUUGAAACCUGCAAGGAGACAGACAUGCUGAACUACCUCAUCGAAUGCUUUGACCGAGUUGGAAUAGAGGAAAAAAAAGCACCAAAGAUGUGCAGCCAGCCAGCAGUCAGCCAACUUCUGAGCAACAUACGCUCUCAGUGCAUCUCCCACACUGCACUAGUGCUGCAAGGUUCCCUCACACAGCCAAGGUCCAUGCAGCAGCCUUCUUUCCUCGUGCCGUAUAUGCUGUGCAGGAAUCUCCCGUAUGGCUUCAUUCAAGAGCUGGUGAGGACUACUCACCAGGAUGAAGAGGUGUUUAAGCAGAUCUUUAUCCCCAUUUUACAAGGCCUGGCGCUUGCUGCCAAAGAGUGCUCCCUCGAUAGUGACUACUUUAAAUACCCCCUCAUGGCAUUAGGUGAACUCUGUGAAACCAAGUUUGGGAAGACGCACCCUAUGUGCAAUUUGGUUGCGUCUUUGCCCUUGUGGUUGCCGAAGUCCUUAAGCCCUGGUUCUGGGCGGGAACUGCAGAGACUGUCCUACUUGGGGGCCUUUUUUAGCUUCUCAGUCUUCGCAGAAGAUGAUGCAAAAGUGGUUGAGAAAUAUUUCUCAGGGCCUGCCAUUACCCUGGAAAACACCCGCGUGGUUAGCCAAUCACUGCAGCAUUACUUGGAGCUUGGAAGGCAAGAGCUUUUCAAGGUUCUACACAGUAUUUUGUUAAACGGCGAGACCCGUGAAGCAGCUCUCAGUUACAUGGCAGCCAUCGUCAAUGCCAAUAUGAAGAAAGCGCAGAUGCAGGCAGACGAUAGACUGGUGUGUACAGAUGGAUUUAUGCUGAAUUUCCUUUGGGUACUGCAGCAGCUAAGUACAAAAAUCAAGUUAGAAACAGUUGAUCCCACGUAUAUAUUCCACCCAAGAUGUCGGAUUGCUCUCCCAAAUGACGAAACACGGGUGAAUGCAACUAUGGAGGAUGUGAACGACUGGCUGGCUGAGCUCUAUGGAGAUCAGCCUCCAUUUUCUGAGCCAAAAUUCCCUACGGAAUGCUUCUUUCUCACCCUGCACGCUCACCACCUCUCUAUCCUACCCAGUUGCCGUCGCUAUAUCCGCAGACUCCGAGCCAUCCGGGAGCUCAAUAGAACUGUGGAAGAUUUGAAAAAUAAUGAAAGCCAGUGGAAAGAUUCCCCACUGGCAACCAGACACCGUGAGAUGCUGAAGCGCUGUAAAACUCAGCUUAAGAAACUGGUACGGUGCAAGGCCUGUGCUGACGCUGGCUUACUUGACGAGAGCUUCCUGAGAAGAUGUCUGAAUUUUUAUGGCCUUCUCAUUCAGCUGCUGCUCCGCAUCCUGGACCCUGCGUAUCCCGACAUAACACUGCCUUUAAGUUCAGAGGUCCCCAAGGUAUUUGCAGCAUUGCCUGAGUUUUAUGUAGAAGAUGUUGCUGAAUUUUUAUUUUUUAUUGUACAGUAUUCUCCUCAGGUGCUUUACGAGCCCUGUACUCAGGACGUUGUGAUGUUCCUUGUUGUGAUGCUGUGCAACCAGAACUACAUCCGAAACCCUUACCUAGUGGCCAAGCUGGUGGAGGUCAUGUUCAUGACCAACCCUGCCGUCCAGCCUCGGACUCAGAAGUUCUUUGAGAUGAUUGAGAACCAUCCCCUCUCCACCAAAUUGCUGGUCCCGUCCCUCAUGAAGUUCUAUACAGAUGUCGAGCAUACUGGAGCCACCAGCGAGUUCUACGACAAGUUCACAAUUCGUUAUCACAUUAGCACCAUUUUUAAAAGCCUUUGGCAAAACAUAGCUCACCAUGGCACCUUCAUGGAGGAGUUCAAUUCCGGGAAGCAGUUCGUUCGCUAUAUAAAUAUGCUGAUAAACGACACAACAUUUUUGCUCGAUGAAAGUCUGGAGUCGCUGAAGCGGAUCCAUGAGGUGCAGGAAGAGAUGAAGAACAAAGAGCAGUGGGAGCAGCUGCCGCGGGAUCAGCAGCAGGCCCGGCAGUCUCAGCUUGCUCAGGAUGAACGUGUUUCUCGCUCUUACCUCGCCCUGGCAACUGAAACUGUGGACAUGUUCCAUAUCCUCACCAAGCAAGUCCAGAAGCCAUUCCUCAGGCCGGAACUUGGACCUCGAUUGGCUGCCAUGCUGAACUUUAACCUUCAACAGCUGUGUGGACCCAAGUGCCGGGACCUGAAAGUUGAAAACCCAGAGAAGUACGGCUUUGAACCAAAGAAGCUGUUGGACCAACUGACAGAUAUUUACCUACAGCUGGACUGUGCUCGGUUUGCUAAAGCCAUUGCCGAUGACCAGAGAUCCUACAGCAAGGAACUAUUUGAGGAAGUCAUCUCAAAGAUGCGAAAGGCAGGGAUCAAGUCAACCAUUGCAAUUGAGAAGUUUAAACUUCUCGCUGAGAAAGUGGAGGAGAUAGUGGCCAGGAAUGCCCGAGCAGAAAUCGACUACAGCGACGCUCCUGAUGAGUUCAGAGACCCUCUGAUGGACACCCUGAUGACUGACCCUGUGAGACUGCCCUCUGGCACCAUCAUGGACCGCUCCAUUAUUUUGCGACACCUGCUGAACUCCCCCACUGACCCCUUCAACCGCCAGACCCUGACUGAGAGCAUGCUGGAACCAGUGCCAGAGCUGAAGGAGCAGAUCCAAGCAUGGAUGAGAGAGAAGCAGACCAGCGAUCACUAAGCCGUCCCUGCUCGCCGCUGCUGGAAGCAGCCACUCCAGCCAGGCUGAGGCAGCUCCCGUGCAGAGCUACUGCUCAGACCUCCAGCCGGAUGUGGCCAGAUACCGAGAGCCCACCCGAGUGACCAAACAGGAGAGAUCUGAGGGACAUGAGUGAGAAGAGGAGCCCGAUUCCUGUACAUAUAUUUAAGUGACAAACACAGUCAAAAGCUUGAGGGACGAGUUUUACGAUGGCCCGUGUGGUAAAGCACAUCCUUGGCCUGUCACACCUCGGGGCUUUUGUAGCAAGUCUUUCAGUGAUGGCGAAUGGUCUGGGCAGCAUCUCCCUCAUCUUUUGUUUUGUUUUUUUUUUUUUGUUUUGUUUUUAAUCCAAUAUCCGUUGAUUUGAUUGUGAUUAGAGAACUCGGACAUUUUGCUGCUAAAGAAUCUUCCCUCUGCCCCUACUUGCACUGCUGUGGAUUUUUUAAAGAGAAGCGAAAACAGAAGCAGACUUUCCCCAGGCCCUCCCAACAUACAUUCUGUGAGAUAACUGUGCCUGCGACAAAGUGUCAAUCUUGGGAUCGUAUUUUUAUAUCAUAUUCACAUAUUUGUUUUUUUAAUUGGUGUUAGAUGACAUGAUUAAUAAAAAAGGCAAGAUAUUUUCAGAAUUUGAAUUUCAGGUUUUUUUUUUUCUUUUGAAAUGUCCCUUUUAAAUUUUUUUAUUAUAAACAAAAUGAAGAGAAUCCUGUUGUCUGGUCCUUCUAACAAGCCCUCAAUUAGGCGUCUAAGGAACAGGUGCAGCAAUGGAAUGGCUUAAGUUUAUCAGGACUCAUGUGACUUAUGGGUUUGGGGGAGGGGAGGGUUGUUUUUUGUUUUCUUGUUUUUUUAAAUCCUAUGUGACAAUUCCAAGCCUAUACCAUAAUCCUAUGAGGAUAAAUAAAGUCCUCAACCCAGGGUUCAUUUGUAUGAUGUGUCCUUUUGGGUUUGGCCUUACCAAAGCAAAAAAGGGUACAGGAAACGUUGAAGUCUGUGUGCUUGUUUACACACCCAGAUAAACACCUCCACACAGAGCACACGAGCAGGAAACUAUGUAUUACCAGUCCCUACACAACAUACUUGAAUUCUCCUUUGGGGUAAAGAAGGAUUGGAAACCAUAAAGUGUUUGAAGAAAUGAAGCCUACAAAAACAUACUUUCUUUUCUUCCCUCCCCCUCCCCACAGAAAAUGUGCUCUGUUCAUUUCCUAACGCAAACUGAAAUAAAUGGUGAUACCCAUUCAGAAGGAA